CCCCGCAGACGUGACGGACGGGGGCAGUAUCGGGGCGGCGGUGGGCCGGGUGCGGGAGGAGCUGCGCGGCGCCGGCCUCGGCCUCCUGAUCAACAACGCGGGCGCGCGGCGCCGCAGCACGCUGGACACCGAGACGGCCGAGAACAUGGCGCUGCUCUACGCCACCAACACCGUCGGGCCCCUGCAGGUCACGCAGGCCUUCCUGCCCCUGCUGCGGGAGGCGGCGGAGGCCGGGCGCGGGCAGGGGCUGAGCUGCAGCCGUGCGGCCGUGGUCAACGUCUCCAGCGCCAUGGGCUCCAUCGGGGUGGCGGCGGCCUGGGGGGACGCGCAGGACGUCUCCUACCGCUGCAGCAAGGCGGCGCUGAACAUGCUGACCAAGUGCCAGGCGCUGCAGUACGGCGACAGCGGGAUCCUCUGCGUGGCCAUCGACCCCGGCUGCGUGGAGCCAGCGCCGGGGCGCGAGGCGGGCCCGGUGACGAUGGAGGAGAGCACCCAGGGUGUCCUGCGCGUCCUCGCCGGCCUCUCGGCCUCCAGCAACGGCACCUUCUGGGACUGGCGGGGGCAGAGGCUGCCGUGGUGAGGGGGCCCCGGGGCCGGAGAUCAAUAAAUGGCCACGGCCACGCUGGGACGGUGCCAUCAGGAGGCCCUGCGCCACCC